AUUAAGUCUGGUAUUAUUCAGUUUUCACUUCUGAUGUGAUAACAUGUCUAGCGUAUUCGUACAUUCCAUUAAAGUUCCAAGACUUUACAAAACUGCUGCCAAAAUCGUUCGAGAAGUUCGUGAGAAUGGUGGCAGUCUGAAAUCGUUGCUUUACAAACAAAAACAUCCUAAUGUGUCCGCGAUAUUCGCUUUGUGCUUCAAUACAUUACAAAAAGAAGUGCAAUUGGAUCAUCUUAUAGAUAAAACUAAUCUAUUGAAGAAUGAGCCUCGUUUGGACGUAUGGUUAGCGAAAGUUCUCAUAACGGAAUUACUGUGGGGUAAAAAAGCUCUGGAAAGUUAUUGUAAACCUAUUAAGACUAUACUUUCAUAUGAAAAAUGUUUGAGGAAGGAAUUGAACAAUAUUGAUAAAGAAACACUUCAGACAUUCAAUAAAACAGGUAAAAAAUAUAGAAUUUACUUAUCAAUAAAUUCGUAUUAUUUUUACAGAAAUGAACCAUUCAUGAAUCGUGCAUCUGGAUUGAUGGUUUUAAUCAUCCGCAACAACCGAAUACUUACUAGCCGGCAUCCUAGAGUUAAAAAGUUUCUAUCUUAUAUGAAUAAAAAUCAACAAAAAUUGAAUCACAAAGAGAUUUCCAGUGAUCAGAAUAAAGAAACAUUAGAUAUGAGUUUUGUAGCAGUAUUGGGGAAAUUGUUCAUAUAUAGCAUUGCUAUGUUUACAUUACCAUUUGGUGUAUUUUAUGGGGUACAGCACAUUAUGAAGGCUGAAUUUCAUGUAGAUAGAUUUGUAAUAAAUUGUGUUUCUGUAUUUGCUGCUGUGAUUACAGUAAAUGUAAUAAUAGCUUGUUAUGUUUAUCAGGCACUCCAUGAGCCUGAUAAUGUUGCUGAGAUUAAAGCAAUUGCAGAUCAGCCUUCUAAAGAUAUAAAAAAAGCACGAUAUACUCGCAUCAACACUCUGUUGUUGCAAUUAAAAGACGGAAUAUCUUAUUUCCAAGAAGAAGGAUGGAUUCUUUUGCCAAGAUGCUCGAGUUACGAGAGGCAUUUAAGUGUUGUAAAAAGUUUAAAAAAACCAAAUUAUAUCCAGGAUUUCCAUAUUCCAGAACUAUUCGUUUUCCCAGCUGACACAAGUUUCUAUGACUAUUCUGGGUAUCAAAAUGGGGAAAUCAUUUUACAAGACAAGGCUAGCUGUCUUCCUUCAUUUUUAUUAAAUCCAAAACCUGGAUCUGUGGUACUUGAUAUGUGUGCAGCUCCAGGAAUGAAGUUAAGCCAUUUAGCUGCAAUAAUGAAAAACUCAGGAAAAGUGUACGCUGCAGAGAUUGACCAACAGAGGUUCUCGACUUUAUGCAAACAUGUCGAAGUAAUAGGCGCCACGUGCGUUGAGACCAUUAAUAAGGACGCGUUGACUCUCAGGGCAAACGAGUUUCCUGAUAUAGAAUACAUCUUAGUCGAUCCAUCAUGCUCUGGUUCAGGCAUGCUGGACAGAAAACUAGUACCUAACGAGCAAAAAUGUGCUCCAAAUCGUCUCAAACAACUACAAUCCUUCCAAGUUUUCCUUCUCCGACACGCGCUGUUAAAUUUCCCAAAGGUAAAGAAGGUUGUCUACAGCACUUGCUCUAUCUAUCCUGAGGAAAACGAACAAGUAGUGGAUGAAGUUCUUGAGAACGUACAGAACGCGUACAAACUCGUACCCGUCAGGGAAUUAUUGAAAGAAGAGUGGCUGAACUUCAGUUCAAAGACGUACAACUGUUCAGAUAAGUGCCUGUAUGCAAUUUCCGAUGUGGAUUUGUGCAAUGGUUUUUUCGUCGCGGUGUUUGAACGAAACUUCGACGUAAGCUUGCCUAAGUUCAACAAAAUCGGAAGUGCCACGGUAAAAAAGGAACAGAAAGAAGAAGAAACGAAGAAAAAUGAAAAAUCCAAUGGGAAGAUGAAUAUUACACGUAAACGGAAGAAAUGCGGCAAUGGUAAGCAAGCAAUUAAAAAUGGAAAAGUUUCUUCCAAAAGUAAGGGCAACAAUAAGGCUGUUCAAAAAAAUAACGGUAAGCCUGCAUUAAAAAGGAAAAAGAUGUAA